UUGGUCGGUUGGUCGGUUGGUCGGUUGGUCGGUUGGUCGGUUGGUCGGUUGGUCGGUUGGUCGGUUGGUCGGUUGGUCGGUUGGUCGGUUGGUCGGUUGGUCGGUUGGUCGGUUGGUCGGUUGGUCGGUUGGUCGGUUGGUGGUUGGUUGGUUGGUCGGUUUGGUUGGUUGGUCGGUUGGUCGGUUGGUCGGUUGGUCGGUUGGUCGGUUGGUCGGUUGGUCGGUUGGUCGGUUGGUCGGUUGGUCGGUUGGUCGGUUGGUCGGUUGGUCGGUUGGUCGGUUGGUCGGUUGGUCGGUUGGUCGGUUGGUCGGUUGGUCGGUUGGUCGGUUGGUCGGUUGGUCGGUUGGUCGGUUGGUCGGUUGGUCGGUUGGUCGGUUGGUCGGUUGGUCGGUUGGUCGGUUGGUUGGUUGGUUGGUUGGUUGGUUGGUUGGUCGGUUGGUUGGUUGGUUGGUUGGUUGGUUGGUUGGUUGGUUGGUUGGUUGGUUGGUUGGUUGGUUGGUUGGUUGGUUGGUUGGUUGGUUGGUUGGUUGGUUGGUUGGUUGGUUGGUUAG